AUGAGUACUCCCACUCCCACUCUAACACCAUCCUUCUAUGGUGCCAGCGUCGAGCUCUCCCGACCAUCUCACGAUGUCUACAAUCAAUGGUACCAACAGCGCGUUAACUUCUAUGAUUACAGACAAAUGCAGCAACGGCCUAUUCAACAAGUCAAUGACCGACGCCCAAUAGAGCCUGGUAUGCAACGAGACAGGCACAAUAGCUACGGCCAAAUGAUGAGCAACAUGUAUCAGAAUUGCCUCCCAUCGAUCAAGGCUGCUCCUCCGUCAGUGGAGCAGCCACAGAAGACGCCUCCAGACAAGACAACGCCCACACCCACGAGGGACAUGGAUGGAAGCUCCAAUCGCAAUGGCGACAACGCCCUUAGACGCAGACCGGGUGCGUGUAUUGGGUGCAAAAAAGUCAAAAUGAAGUGCAAUUUUGCACCCGGCGAAAAAAAAUGCCAGCGAUGCAAGCCCAAAGGUUACCGUUGCAUCGUAGAAGCCCCGAAACCAAAGGUUUACAAGCGCGAGCGCCUUCUAGCCGAAAUCCGGCAGAAAGAUGCUGUCAUCGAGCGUCUCCUCAAGCAGCUUUAUAAUCCCUACAUUACGACACCUCAUUCAAUUGAUGAAUACCUCAAAUCUGUGUCACCCUCCGACCUCAACAAUCCUAAUGUCCUUGCCUGGCUCAGUCGCCUCAAGUCCGCUGUACAAACAGAUGUCGGAAGCUCGUUUAACCGUCUUCGUGAAGGCAUCGAUGAAGCGGGCGGGGAAUAUGAUUCAGGUCAAUGGCUGCAUGAUCAGCGGUAUAACCUACCUGUCUAUAGCAAUCAAGAGGCACGGGACUGCGAAGAGAUGCAGACGCCGCUUACUGAGUCCUUACACGCUCCUGUCGGACCCGUCCCAGAUUUGACAUUUACAAGUCGGAGUGGAGAGGAAGGGGAACGCGAAAAUUCUCCGCGCGGCACAGCUUGCGAGCCACAAGAAAGUUCUUCGAAACCCGGUUCGUUUCAUCGUUAUCGCAAUCUGGACCAUUGGAAGGGAACCAAUUCUUCAGAGAUACUGGCUCUCGGGCUCGUGACACUUGAAGACGCUGAACAAUUGUUUGACAUCUUCUAUAAAUAUAUCAAUCCCUUCAUAUCCAUCCUCGAUCCGAUCUUGCUUACUCCAAAAUCGACUUUGGCCCGAUGCCCCGUCCUCUUCACAGUCAUCUGUGCCAUAUCGUCUCGAUAUCAUCCCCUGAAGUCGAACAUUUACCCGAUAGCCAUGCACUUUGCGAAACAUUCGGCCGCAAAUGUCCUCAUCCAAGACGAAAUGAAAAGUAUCGAGCUAUGCCAGGCUUAUAUCCUGAUGAGUGUAUAUGCCGUCCCUAAAAGGAGUUGGGAUAGGGAUCAGAGUUGGUUAUAUGCAGGUCUGGCAGUUAGUAUCGCGACUGCACUUCACUUGUAUCAAACACCAACAGCGAAGCCAGAGAACGAGAUACAGGAACGCGAAGCACUCAACCGAGAUCGUAUCUGGCAAUCAUGUUCUCUCCUCGAUCGAGGGACAGCGAUACAAUUUGGAAAGCCUUGGACAAUAAAAGAAGAUAUGACGAUAAUUCAUUCGGAGGAGUGGUAUAAACAAUCCCAUUAUAAUCUUGACUCUGAUGUGCACCUGUGCGGGUACAGUGCCCUUUUGCGCAUCAUAUCAAGGUUCCAUGAUGAGGUGCUGUCAAAGCAGAGCAGAUUGAUCCAUUCGGAGAGGGGAAACUUGCGGGUCGUCACCAUGAGAUAUGAUGCGGAGCUAGAAAUAUUUCAGGAGGAAUGGAGGAGGAAAUUCAGGGCUGGGGGAUUCCGCCGUGGAGCUAUGCUCAAGUGUAGCCAGCUAUACCUAUACGUAGCCUAUUUCAAGCUGGUGAUGUUCUCUUUUGGUUUCCAUCAAGUCUUUCAUAGAGGUAUAGAAACGUGGUAUGAUUACUUCUUUAGCAAGUCCCUCGAAUACGCCAAAUCUGUGAUCAGAUGUGUAAACGAGGAUCUGGCGCCUAGCGGAUUUAUGCGAUAUGCUCCAGAUCAUCAUUUCAUGUGUAUCGGAUUCGCAGCUGUAUUCCUGUUCAAGCUCUUACGACCGGAAUUUUCGUCCCUCCUGGAUAAUGCUGAUAGAGACGAGAGCAUGGUUCUCAUCGGGACCUUGAUUGAGAAAUUUAGCUCAUCCGAUAUCGCAGUAGACGAUCGCCAUACCCCGAAACUGUAUGCCAGAUUCUUGGCUACCAUGUUGGGCAAGUACCAACGCAACGACCAGAGAACGGCUUUCGGAGUCUCGCAGACAGUUUCCCGGGAGAAUAUAGGCAUACCCAGGAACAUAGGUGGAGAAGCGAAUGGACAUGGCUAUAACCAACAGUCAUCUGUUGCCCCAGAACAAAGCGGAUACGAUUCUUUGGGUUUUGAUUAUAGUUCAGAGGCGACUCAUUCAACUGGCACCCCACUAGUACAGUCCGGAAGCGAGGCAUAUUUUCUUCAUUUCACUUACGGGAGUGGGAAUACUAAUGAGAACGGUGGCGUGGGCGGCCAGGGGAGUAUGGAAGACGGAAUGUCUGCGUUGAUCCAAGAACUUAAUAAUACCGAGUGGUUGCGGGAAAUGUUAAUGCCUGGGUAUGGUCUUCCUGUUGCCAUAUACUCCAGACAGUACCUGACUCUUUCUUGGGUAUAG